UUCAGGUAGCUACGAAGUCCAUCAGCAAAACAUAAACACAUCUUUCACAGAGCAACAUAAUUACUAGUGACAAAUUAGAGCGAUACUACCAACCAGGUUUUUGAAAAUGGAAUGCAAGAACAGUACUUCUUCAUUAGCCCUUCUUCUCUCACUCAACAUUCUCUUCUUUGCUGUGGUGAGUGCCACUGACUCUGUCCCUAAUUUACCUGGUUCCGCAACUCCGUCUUAUUAUCCUGGAGGCAAAUGUGAUCUGUUGAAGUUAGGAGUAUGUGCCAAUCUGCUUAACCUGGUUGAUGUGGUUGUUGGAUCCCCUCCAACGCUGCCCUGCUGCAGUCUGAUCGAAGGCCUCGUCGAUCUUGAAGCUGCUCUUUGUCUAUGUACCGCCAUUAGAGCCAACAUUCUGGGAAUUGACUUAAAUGUUCCUAUCGCACUCAGCUUGGUACUUAACAACUGUGGCAAGAAAGUCCCAAGUGGCUUUGAGUGUUACUAGACAUAUUCGGGGUGGUCUGACACACAUGUCUAAUUUAUCAAAUUCUUAAUUAAUUUUUAUUUGAAGUUUACAAUUUGUAAAAGAAAUGUAUUGUUUGUUUCCCUUUGUUCGGUUCCUUCUGAGGUGCCAUUUUGGGCUAUUCCUUUGGUCUGAUCGUGAGUUUCAAUAAAAUUAUUUCCAUAAA